AUGGCGAUGGUGCUGGUGACGACAGGCGGAUCAAUUUGUUGUUACAGCCAGUACCAACGAAUGCUGAGUACUUUAUCACAGUGUGAAUUUUCAAUGGGAAAAACUCUUCUGGUGUAUGAUAUGAACCUGAGAGAAAUGGAAAAUUAUGAAAAAAUCUAUAAGGAUAUAGAAAAUAGUAUAGCUGCAGCACAUGAGAAGAUUUCUGAAUGCAAAAAGCAAAUCCUGCAAGCAAAAAGGAUUCGAAAAAAUCGCCAAGAAUAUGAUGCAUUGGCCAAAGUCAUACAGCACCAUCCAGACAGACAUGAAACACUGAAGCAGCUAGAAGCUUUGGGAAAAGAACUGCAACAUCUUUCUCACAUCAAAGAAAACGUUGAAGAUAAGUUGGAGCUGAGAAGAAAGCAGUUUCAUGUUCUCCUGAGCACCAUCCAUGAACUUCAGCAAACCCUGGAGAAUGACGAAAAACUUUCAGAAGCUGAAGAAUCUCAGGAAACUCAGAUGGAAACAGAGACCAAACAGUAGAUGUAAUAUGAAGACUGACCAUACUAUUGAAGAAUGUCCAAGUGUCUUCACUUUGUGUUGAAACCAACAGUAAGAGAGAUGGAGCCGAAAAAGUUUUCUACUGCUUCUGUGAAUUUUUAUACAAAAAUACUUGUUUUGCUUAUGCUUCAGGGAAAAAGAGUUACAGAUGUGUGCAGACAGGUACUUUGCGUUAAUCCACAAACUUUGUAAUUUGUGACAAGAAAUAUAUUUUGUUUUACAAAGGAUGAAGUUUCUGCACAGUACUUGUGAACUAAGGUGUUUGCAAAGCAUUGUCAAUAAAA